GCCUACCCUCUACAUACAUAUAUGUGAACUGAUAUUAUUAAGUGUAUUAUUUUUCGUUGACGACGAACAAACAACGGAUAAGGCUGUAGGCUGUAUCAGCGAUAAUUUGUUGAUAAAAAUUAAGCGUUAAGCGCCCAAACACAAAGCAACAAAGAGACUGACCUAAAACUGAGACCUCAGCGCCACAGUUUGCCACUGCCACUUGGGGACAACGGACAAGGUUCCCUCUUCCAUCUACAUCCCAUCUCUUCACCAGCCACAAGCAUCCCCUCCCAGACGCAUCAUGUGCGUGAUCUUCUUUUACACCAAUUCAAAUCCUCAGCCCGGUGGCUACAGGCUCAUUCUGGCCUCCAAUCGCGAUGAGUUCUUUGCACGCAAAACAGUGGCGGCCACCGAAUGGCCCAAUGCGGAUCAUGUCGUUGGUGGCAUUGAUCUUGAGCCGGGUCGCGAGGGCGGCACCUGGCUGGCCAUUGGCAGCGACAGCGCCAGCGCCGGUGCCAGCGGAGUGUUCAAAGUUGGGGCGUUGCUCAAUCUCACGGGCGAGCCCAAGCCCCGCGAUGCAGUUGCGCACAAGAACAUUUUGCAACCAAAUAACCAAAACAACAACCACAACAGCAGCAGCUGCCACAGCUGCCCCACCAAGAGGCAUGAAAAUAACGAACAUUUCUUACUAGGGCGCGGCACCAUUGUGGCGGACUUUGUGUCCCAGUUCGAUGAGCCCACGAACAGCCUGAACUUCAACCAGAGCCUGCUCGAGGACUGCACCAAGUACAGCGCCUUCAAUUUUGUCUCCAUUGAGAUUGGGCCGCGAUCCGUGCCAGCCCAGAUCCGACUGCUGAGCAAUGUGCCGCCCACGCUGAACGAGUUUGAGGAGGGCAAAUGCUAUGGCUUCGGCAACAGUCUGCCCGGCACACCCUUCGAGAAGGUGCGCUUUGGCCAGCAGCAGUUUGCCCGCAUUGUGGAGCAGCAUGGCGCGGACAGUGCGGAGACACUCAGCGCCCAGCUGCUGCAGCUGCUCAAGAACAAGACGAAAUUCUGGCCCGACGCGGAGCUGAAGCGGCGGGCACCCAACUGGGGUGAGGAGCUGAGUGCGCUCAAUGUGCACAUUGUCGAUCGUGGCUAUGGCAGUCGCACGCACUCAAUCAUCCUCGUGGACGCCAACAAUCAAAUGCACUUCUUCGAGGAAAACUUUGAGCCCGAAAUGAAUCCGCAAGAGCUCUGGAAUCCAGUUACAGUGGUGCACAAGCAUUUAGGGGGCAAACUAGUCUAAUAAUAAUAAUAAUAAUAAUAAACCAUUUUGUGUCUGG